UUACCGAGUUGAGCAUAGCGUUCUGGUAAAACGAGGGAGUCGUAUACACCCGUUUAUACGACUCCCUGGUAAAACUAGCUUCCUUGUGCUUUACUCUAUCUCAAUAGUCAGUGUGACAAUGCGGGUCCGUUUUGUGAAUGAAUGGAACGACCCACGUCCUGACGACGAUGAUCGAAGACUGACAAAAAGCUCUGCGGCUGGCAGGAUCAUUGAGGGAGGAAACACGCCAACUGCAAUCCGAGGCGUGGAAAAAGACACCAAGCGGCCUGAUGCAGUGAUGGCGUGACGGUGAACCAGUCCUCGCUAGAACUCAGAAAUAGCGGACUGUUUGAUUUCCAGAAUCGCUCUCGGUGGAAACGAACGAUUGUGCCGUCCGUGCUUCACUGAGUUUGUCACCUAUACUAGGCUAUUUUUGUACUUCGAAGUACACAUAGGGUCAUGCUCCCGAUACAAAGGCUUGGCCAUCGCGUUGGCAACGUUAGAUCCGCUGGGAUGGAGUUGUAAACGAAGGCGACCGAAUAAUUCACGUUGACACCCGAAUUCCAGGAAUCGAGGCAGAGUUGAUGAGGAGGAGGAUGCUGCAUUCGGCACGGGCAUGCUACCAACGUCGUCGAUGCAGCUGGCGAUGCAUGAUCUCCGUUCUGCUGUGCUCAGUUGUGCUGACCGUCGUGUUCACCCGCGAGCAGCUGCAGGCUGCCAUCAGCGGCACGAUUACGCAACACGAAGUCAGGCGCAUCACGUGCCCAGCCUGCUUCGGAGAGGACUUCUGCCCAGUGCUGGCACGGUUCCAGCGCCGGCCUGACCUGGGCAGAAAGUACCUGGCCAGUGGCAAUGGCGUGCACAAGGGAAUCCUGGCCCGCGCUGGUGAUAGUUCCGGCAUGGCGGCGAGCACGUCACCGCAACCACCUACCGUGUUUGUGAUCGGCAAAUCGUUGGCGUACGGCAAAGAACUGGCUACGCUUAACGGCAAUAUCUGCAUGGAUGCCAAGGCAAGGGGCGUGUAUAAUGGAGAUUGCACGGCAGGACUGACGGAUCAACAUGUCGGUCGUAUAGCACUGCAGGCCGCCGAAAGUCUUCUCGCCGGGGCAGAUUGGCAUGGACUGUACAACAUGAGCCAUGCCGAGGAGGUGCACAGCAUCUCCCACUGUGUCGGUGAUCAGCUACACAAGAAGAUAGUGCACGCGUACGAUGGCGACGGUGAUGGGAGGCUACAGGCCAACGAGGCCGCUAUGAUGCGCACUAGUGUCAUGGUAAACCAUGAAGCGGUGGUGUUGAAGGCAUUCCCUUCAAGUGAUGGUUGGCCAUUCCCCCGUUACUAUGGUGCCUGCGGUCGGAUGAUAUUCGUCGAGCACAGCGGUGCUGAGAUGGGCGACUACAUGGACAAGCCGUGGACAGUCCGGGUUCGAGUAGCCAAAGCCCUCGUCGAUACCACCAUCAAGCUCACAGACAACGCGGAGCAGUGGAUAUUCCACCUUCUGGACGUCGAGGAGGACAAUUUUGCUGUUCACUACAACUCUACACUGGACCGAUACGUGGUGACGCUAAUUGAUCUUGAGCAUAUGAUCAUUGUCAACAAGAACGAUCCAGUUUUUCUUGGUGAGUUUACAUCCAACGAUCGUGUAGUGUCCGUCAGUGAAACCUUUGCAGCAUGCGCUAAGGAGUCCAGAAAUUGUCAGGUGGUCUUUCCGGCACAAUUGUGUGCGGCCGGGCUGCAGGAUACAAACUACUACUACAUCUGCCGGAACCUACUGUUUGCCGAUCAUCACUGGGCCGGCGAUCAGAUUGUAUCCUGGACAAGUGGCCUGCUCCAUGAUCCGCCUGACAAGGCGGUGAAGCAGUCUCUCACUCGCCUUGCAAACGAGUGUAUUCUCAACAAUCAGGGGCAUGGGAGGCUGCAAGCAUAUCGAAAGCUCAGCCGGCUCCUGUCCAAACUUGGAUCUAGGAGUCAGGAUUCAGGAAGCUCCAGAAGACUGAUCUGUGAAGUGAAGAUUUGAAAAACAAAAGGUGCUGCGGAUAUGGCCUGAUCGAGCGCGCUAGCUAGCUAGCACACCUGCGGCACGCUCGCGUGCACCAUGCGCACGUGUCGCUCAUGAGUGAGAGUCGUAAACAUUCG